CGUGCGCAUGCCUCCUACCAAUUUCUACAUAAACCAAACAACCGGCAUUGUCAGUUAUUUCAUCGGCAAUUUAAUUUCCUUUUAUAGCAAAAACGAGGGAGAGUGUUAAAUAAAAUUUAUUAGUUGUUUCUUCGAGUUCUGGCCAAAACCUGGCUAGGUUGAGACAAGGUCAUAAUAAGGUAAACACAAAUAAACACAAAAACUAUUUUCGUCCGUGGAUCAAGAGUCCUCAGUGUGAAGAUAACAGAUGACAGUUUGAGUUGCACAGUAAUUUCUUCCUACGAAGUUAAGCAAACAACUAAGACAACUGCGUCUCGGUUACCAAUCACGAGCCAAAGAUUAUGGCAGGUAUAAAUUAUAUAUGACUAGUAAGCUUCAGCUGCAGGGUCCAAACAGAACAGAUACGUAUACGUUUGAGAGCUAUAGCAUUUCAACGAGGCUCAUCUACAACAUGAACAGAAGCAGCGACAUUCAACCCAACUGCUUCUUUCUAAGCGUUAAUUUGGAACGAACACACAAUACCGUAGUGGCAAGUAUCCUGACAUCUAUUCUAAAUGUACUGUUUUCUCUGUUAACAUCUACCGGUAAUGUGAUCAUCCUCCGUGUCAUCUGGAAAAAACAAGAACUUCAUUCGCCAUCCUUCGUUCUUUUGUCCGGCCUCGCAGCUUCUGAUCUCAUUGUUGGGCUGGUUUGUCAGCCAUCUUUCGUGGCCUAUCACAUCGCGGAACUCACGGAUGAUUUUGACGCUUACUGUGCCUUGAGAAUUAUUCAGAGCAUAUCUAGCUAUACAACAAUUGGCGUGUCCUUGGCGACCUUAAGCGGAAUCUCCAUUGAUCGACUUCUCGCUUUAACCCUCCAUUUACGAUACAACGGGCUUGUCACUAUUCGCAAAAUAAUGCUAACUGCUGUAGUCGUCUGGGUAGUAUCAACCUCUGUCGUCCUAUUGAGGUUUUGGAUAAGCAAUUGGUUUUUUGUCCCUGUAGCCGUUCUACUGAUAACAUUUCUCAUUACAGCCCUCAGCACCUGGAAAAUAUUCCAGAUCGUUCGGAGACAUCAGCGCCAGAUAUCUCAGCAACAGCGGAUUGCCCAAAGACGUGAUGUGAACGUCCUGAAGUCCAGGAAAUCGACCAUAACUGUACUUUAUGUUUAUGGUUUGCUUUUACUUUUCUUUUUUCCACUUUUUGUGACGAUCUUCGUGGAGUCGUUUACUGGAUACACAACUAGAAUGAAAAUCGUUUAUGACUACGUUACUACUGCUGUUUUCAUCAAUUCCUUCUUGAAUCCACUUGUAUAUUGCUGGAGAAUUGGAGAGAUACGAAGAGCUGUUAGAAAUGCACUGAGGAAAAACAAUAACGAAGUCACCAUUUUGGAAAGCACAUUUCGAUCAGUUUCAAAGAUAUAAUUUUGUGCAUCAAUUGCAAAUUUUAUGAGUUCUGUGUGGUAAGAAGUAUGAAGCAAACUACACUACCAUUAAUAAUUAUUCUUAGUCCAUUGUACGUACACACGCACA